ACUUGCCAAGUGGAUAGAGAAAGAAAAAAAAUAUAUAUAUAUUUAAAAGAAAGAGAAAAUGCCGAUCAGCAAUAUUGCCGUUGGAUCAACCGGAGAAGCCACCCGACCGGACGCGAUUAAAGCGGCGGCGGCAGAGUUUUUCUCGACACUUAUUUUUGUCUUCGCCGGUGAAGGAUCCGGAAUGGCUUAUAAUAAGCUAACGGACAGCGGCGCAUCUACGCCGGCGGGACUAGUGGCGGCGGCUAUAGCCCACGCAUUUGCAUUAUUUGUGGCGGUUUCGAUAGCGGCGAAUAUUUCCGGCGGACAUGUUAAUCCGGCAGUGACAUUUGGGCUUUUCCUCGGCGGUAACAUUUCAUUGUUGAGAUCUAUUUUGUAUUGGAUUGCUCAGCUUUUAGGUUCGGUCGCCGCUUGUUUACUUCUUAAAUUCGCCACCGGCGGACUGGAAACGUCGGCCUUUUCAUUAUCAUCCGGGGAGUCGGCAACAAAUGCUCUAGUUUUCGAGAUUGUAAUGACUUUUGGUCUUGUCUACACGGUUUAUGCAACUGCUGUGGACCCUAAGAAAGGGGAUUUAGGAACGAUUGCACCGAUUGCGAUUGGGUUUAUUGUGGGUGCAAAUAUCUUGGCUGGUGGUGCAUUUGAUGGAGCUUCGAUGAAUCCGGCGGUUUCAUUUGGACCGGCUGUGGUUAGUUGGACAUGGACUAACCAUUGGGUGUAUUGGGCAGGACCUUUGAUUGGAGCUGGUAUUGCUGCUCUUAUUUAUGAUAAUAUUUUCAUUGACAGCAACCCACAUCAGCAACUUCCAGUUACUGAUUAUUGAGGAAAUUUGAAUGAUUUAUGAUGGAUUAAGAGAUGUUUUAUUUCAUUUCAUUUUCUAUGUUGAUUUGGGUUGUGUAGUUUUUAAUUUUCUUGAUGUUGUUUGUGUUGAUGGGAGUGUGUAUUUCAAGAUGUAAUUGUUCAAGUGAAUGAAAAGUGUCUUGUCUUUAUUUCAA